AUGGGUGCCCCGAGAGUUCCCCCUCAGAUCGCUGGCCCCCGGGAGCCCCCCACACAGGUCUCCGUGGUCCAGGAUGGGGAGGCCACUCUGCAGUGCAAUGCCACGGGGAAGCCCCCACCCAGGGUGGCAUGGGAGCGGGACGGCCGGCCACUGAGGGCCGAGCCUGGCCUGCGGCUGCAGGACCAGGGUCAGAGGCUGCACGUGGAGCGGGCUCAGGCUGCCCACAGUGGACGCUACAGCUGCGUGGCCGAGAACGUGGCCGGAAGGGCCGAGAGGAGGUUUGCGCUCUCCGUGCUGGUGCCCCCAGAGCUCAUCGGAGACUUGGACCCACUGACCAACGUCUCCGCUGCCUUGCACAGCCCCUUGACGCUGCUCUGUGAAGCCACAGGUGUCCCGCCCCCAGGGGUCCGCUGGUUCCGAGGAGAGGAGCCCAUCAGCCCCAGGGAGGACACCUACCUCUUGGCAGGUGGCUGGAUGCUGAGGAUGACCCGGGCACAGGAACAAGACAGAGGUUUCUACUCGUGCCUGGCAAGCAAUGAGGCUGGGGAGGUUCGGAGAAACUUCAGCGUCGAGGUCCUGGUUCCUCCCAGGAUUGAGAACGAGGACCUGGAGGAGGCAGUCAAGGUCACCGAGGGGCAGACAGCUCAGCUGACGUGCAAGACCACAGGCCACCCACAGCCCAAGGUCACGUGGUUCAAAGAUGGCCGGCCCCUGGCUGGUGGAGACACCCACCUCAUUUCUCCAGACGGAGCCCUCCUGCAGGUCCUCCAGGCCAACCUGUCCAGUUCUGGCCACUACUCCUGCAUUGCAGCCAACGCUGUGGGGGAGAAGACCAAACACUUCCAGCUUAGUGUCCUGGUGGUUCCCACCAUCCUGGGAGUGACCGAGGACAGUGCAGAUGAGGAGGUGACGGUGACCAUCAACAACCCCAUUUCUCUGAUCUGCGAGGCACUGGCCUUCCCCUCCCCCACCAUCACCUGGAUGAAGGAUGGCAUCCCAUUUGAGGCUUCGAACAACAUCCAGCUGCUCCCAGGCACCCACGGGCUGCAGAUCCUGAAUGCCCAGAAGGAAGAUGCGGGCCAAUACACCUGUGUCGUCACCAAUGAACUUGGGGAGGCCAUGAAGAACUACCACGUUGAAGUGCUCAUCCCCCCUUCCAUCUCCAAAGACGACCCCUUGGGGGAGGCCAGCGUGAAGGAAGUGAAGACUAAGGUCAACAGUACCUUGACCCUGGAGUGUGAGAGCUGGGCCGUGCCCCCACCCACCAUCAGCUGGUACAAGGACGGACGGCCCGUGACCCCCAACCAGCAGCUCCGCAUCCUGGGCGAAGGCCGGCUGCUCCAGAUCCAGCCCACGCAGGUCUCGGAUUCGGGGCGAUAUCUGUGUGUAGCCGGCAACGUGGCCGGUGAGGAUGACCAGGACUUCAGUGUGCUCAUCCAGGUGCCCCCCAUGUUCCAGAAGCCGGGCGACGCCAGUGCAGCCUUCGAGAUCCCGUCCAGGGAAGAAGAGGCCCGGGGUGGGGUGACGGAAUACCGGGAGAUUGUGGAGAACAACCCUGCCUACCUUCACUGUGACACCAAUGCUAUUCCACCCCCGGAGCUCACCUGGUACAGGGAGGACCAGCCCCUCUCGGCCGCAGAUGGGGUGUCUGUUCUGCAAGGAGGUCGGGUCCUGCAGAUCCCCCUGGUGCGUGCGGAAGAUGCUGGGAGGUAUUCAUGCAAGGCCUCCAAUGAGGUGGGCGAGGACUGGCUGCAUUACCAGCUGCUUGUGCUGACCCCACCUGUGAUCCUGGGUGACACGGAGGAGCUGGUGGAGGAGGUGACCGUCAACGCCAGCAGCACCGUCAGCCUACGCUGCCCGGCCCUGGGCAACCCCAUGCCCACCAUCUCAUGGCUCCAGAAUGGGCUGCCCUUCUCCCCGAGCCCACAGCUGCAGGUCCUGGAGGACGGGCAAGUCUUGCAGGUCUCCACGGCGGAGGUGGCCGAUGCCGCCAGCUACAUGUGUGUGGCCGAGAACCCGGCGGGCUCCUCAGAGAAGCUCUUCACCCUCAGGGUACAAGCCCCCCCACGCAUCACAGGCCCGAACUUGGAGCAGGUCACUGCCAUCGUCAACAGCAGUGUCUCCCUGUCCUGUGACGUCCAUGCUCACCCGAGCCCUGAGGUCACGUGGUCCCGGGACAGCCAGGCUCUCUCCCUGGGAAAAGAGGUCUUCCUCCUGCCUGGCACCCACACAUUGCAGCUGGCCCGGGCACGGCCGUCAGACUCCGGGAUAUACGCAUGUGAGGCCCUCAAUGCUGCCGGCCGAGACCAGAAGCUGGUGCAGCUUAGCGUGCUGGUUCCCCCCACCUUCAGGCAGCCUCCCAGCGGCCCCCAGGAUGCCAUCGUGGUCCGGGCCGGGGACAAAGCAGUCCUGAGCUGUGAGACCGACUCGCUCCCUGAGCCGACCGUGAGCUGGCACAAGGACGGGCAGCCCCUGGUCCUGGCACAGCGCACCCAGGCUCUGCUGGGGGGGCAGAGGCUGGAGAUCCGGGACACCCAGGUACUGGAUAAAGGUUUAUACAGCUGUAAAGUCAGUAAUACAGCCGGGGAAGCCAUGCGGACAUUUGUCCUCACUGUCCAGGUGCCCCCAACGUUUGAGAACCCCAAGACAGAGAAAGUGAGCCAGGUGGCUGGGAGCCCCCUGGUCCUGAGCUGUGACGUGACCGGGGUCCCGGCACCUGCUGUGACCUGGCUGAAGGACAGAAUGCCUGUUGAGAGCAGUGUGGCGCAUGGUGUGGUCUCCCGCGGGGGCCGCCUCCAGCUGAGUCGCUUGCAGCCCUCCCAGGCUGGCACCUACACUUGCGUGGCCGAGAACACCCAGGCCGAGGCCCGCAAGGACUUCGUAGUGGCCGUGCUGGUGGCCCCCCAGAUCCGGAGCUCGGGCGUCACCCAGGAGCACAGGGUCCUGGAGGGACAGGAGGUGCGGCUGGACUGUGAGGCGGAUGGGCAGCCACCGCCCAACGUGACCUGGCUGAAGGACGGUGGCCCGCUGGACCAGGGCGUGGGCCCCCACCUCCGGUUCUACCUGGACAGCAGCGCCCUGGUGCUGAAGGGCCUGAAGGCCGAGGACUCGGGCGCCUACACCUGCGUGGCCCACAACACGGCAGGGGAGGACGCCAGGCUGCACACAGUGAGCGUGCUGGUCCCUCCCACCAUCGAGCAGUGGGCAGAGAGCUCGGGGACCCUGGUGAGCAGGCCUGGGGAGCUGGUGACCAUGGCCUGCCCCGUCCGGGGCUCUGCGCCCAUCCGUGUGAGCUGGCUCAAGGACGGCCUGCCCCUCCCGCUUUCCCAGCGCACUCGCCUUCACAGCUCUGGCCGCACCCUCAGGAUUUCCCAGGUGCAGUUGGCAGAUUCUGGCGUCUACACCUGUGUGGCUGCAAGCCCAGCUGGCGUGACCGACAGGAACUUCACCUUGCAGGUGCACGUACCCCCUAUCCUGGAGCCCGUGGAGUUCCAGAAUGACGUGGCGGUGGUCCGCGGCUCCUCAGUGGUCCUCCCCUGUGAGGCCCGGGGAAGCCCCCUGCCCCUGGUGUCGUGGAUGAAGGAUGGGGAGCCCUUGUUGCCCCAGAGCCUGGAACAGGGGCCCAGCCUGCAGCUGGAGACAGCAGGAGCUGGUGACUCAGGGACCUAUUCCUGCGUGGCCGUGAGCGAGGCAGGGGAAGCCAGGAGGCAUUUCCAACUGACAGUGAUGGGUGCCCCGGUGUUCCGGGUGGAGCCCCAGGACGUGACCGUGAGAUCCGGGGAGGACGUGGCCCUGCAGUGUCAGGCCUCGGGAGAGCCAGUGCCCACAGUGGAGUGGCUGCGAGCGGGCCAGCCCUUGCGGGCCAGCCGGCGGCUCCGGACCCUGCCGGAUGGGAGCCUGUGGCUGCAGCGAGUGGAAGCCGGGGACGCGGGCGCAUACGAGUGCGUCGCUCACAACCUCCUGGGCUCCGCCACGGCCCGGGCCGUCCUGGCCGUGAGAGGGGAGCCCCGCGGGAGCCGGGGCAGCAUGUCCGGGGUGAUCAAUGGCCGGGAGUUUAGCAGGGCCACCCUCAACACCAGCGUGCAACAGGGGGCACGCUCUGGGAUCACCACCAUCCAGAGCAGCAUCAACCACAUCCCUGCGAGUGUGGGGCCUCUGAUGCGGGUGCUUGUGGUCACCAUCGCCCCCAUCUACUGGGCCCUGGCUGGAGAGAGUGGGGACGCCCUGAACGGCCACUCUCUGACGGGUGGCAGCUUCCUGCAGAAGUCGCACGUGGAGUUUGCCACAGGGGAGCUGCUCACGAUGACCCAGGAGGCCCGGGGCCUGGAUCCCAAUGGCCUCCUGCUCCUUGAUGUGGUGAUCAGUGGCGUCGUCCCCGAGAGCCUGGCUGAUGCAGAUCUUCAAGUGCAGGACUUCAAGGAGAGCUAUGUGCAGACAGGGCCGGGCCGUCUCUUUGUGGGCUCCACACAGCCCUUCCUGCAGGACAGCCUUCCCAUGUUCCUGCGAUGUAACCACAGCAUCCAGUACAACGCGGCCCAGGGCCUCCAGCCUCAGCCAGUGCAGCACCUGCGGGCCUCGGCUAUCAGCUCGGCCUUCGACCCCAAGGCCGAGGCCCUGCACUUCCAGCUUACCGCAGCCCUGCAAGCUGAAGAGAAUGAAGUCGGCUGCCCAGCGGGCUUUGAGCUGGAUGCCCAGGGAGAGUUUUGUGUGGACAGGGACGAAUGUUUGGACGGCCCCAACCCCUGUUCUCACUCCUGCCACAAUGCACCUGGUCGCUUCUCCUGCUCCUGUCCGGCGGGCUUUGCCCUGGCCAGGGAUGACAGGAACUGCAGAGAUGUGGACGAGUGUGCCUGGGAUGCCCACCUUUGCCAGGAGGGACAGCGCUGCGUGAACCUCUUUGGGUCCUACCACUGCCUCCCCGACUGCAGGCCUGGCUUCCGGGUGGCCCCUCAUGGGGCCAGCUGCGAAGAUGUCGACGAGUGUCUGGAGCAGUUGGAUGAGUGUCACUACAACCAGAUCUGUGAGAACACCCCAGGCGGGCACCACUGCAGCUGUCCCCGGGGGUACCGGAUCCAGAGCCCCGGCCUGCCAUGCCUAGAUGUCAACGAGUGCCUGCAGCCAGCCAAGACCUGCGCCUUCCAGUGCCAAAACCUCCAGGGUGGUUACCGUUGUCUGUGCCCCCCGGGCCAGACCCUCCUUCGUGAUGGCAAGACCUGCAUCCCGCUAGAGCAGAGUGAACAAAAUGUGACCACUGUCAGCCACAGGGGCCCCUUAGUGCCUUGGCUGCGGCCCCGUGCCCCGCUCCCCAGGAGCUCCUACUACGCUUGGGUCUCCCUCCGGCGGGGCUCCGGGGCGCCGAGCAGCCUGGGCCGGGCCUGGUGCCCCGCGGGCUUCAUCCGACAGAAUGGCGUCUGCACAGACCUGGACGAGUGCCGGGUCCAAAGCCUGUGCCAGCACGUCUGCCGCAACACCGAGGGCAGCUACCAGUGCCUCUGCCCCGCUGGCUACCGCCUCCUCCCCAGCGGGAAAAACUGCCAGGACAUCAACGAGUGUGAGGAGGACGGCAUCGAGUGUGGUCCCAGCCAGAUGUGCUUUAAUACCCGUGGCAGCUACCAGUGUGUGGACACGCCGUGUCCGGCCACCUACCGGCAGGGCUCCAGCCCAGGGACGUGUUUCCGACGCUGCUCGCUGGACUGCAGCGCGGGCGGCCCCUCCACGCUGCAGUACAAGCUGCUGCCGCUGCCCCUGGGCGUGAGCGCCCACCACGACGUGGCCCGCCUGGCCGCCUUCUCCGAGGCCGGCGUCCCCGCCAACCGCACCGAGCUCAGCGUGCUCGAGCCCGACCCGCGCAGCCCGUUCGCGCUACGCCCGCUGCGCGCCGGCUACGGCGCCGUCUACACCCGCCGUGCGCUCACCCGCGCCGGCCUCUACCGGCUGACCGUGCGCGCCGCCGCGCCGCGCCACCAGAGCGUCUUCGUCCUGCUCAUCGCAGUGUCCCCUUAUCCCUACUGA